AUGGCAUCGACAGCUAUCAUUAUCAACCAAACGAGUGGAACGGAACGUGAGAUUGAUGCCCGACUUCUUCAAUACAGCGACACCUUCAGAGUUCUCCCUGACACCAGAAUCCCGACCGACGGCACUAUCAUCAAUAGGUCGUCUGAGGUUGAUGAGUCCAUGCUCACUAGUGAAUCUAGACUAGUGGAGAAAUAUCCCAAGUCUGUGAAUCUCGCAGACCGGGUAGCGUCCUACUUCAUCCCGAUUGUACUAACAUUAGCAGUAAUCACAUCUGAAGCUACAAUUCAGGCUAUUACCUACGCCAUUACUGUUCUUAUCGUCUCUUGCCCCUGUGCCAUUGGACUAGCUGUUCCUAUAGUCAUUGUGAUUACCAGCGGAGUCGCAGCGGAAAGAGGUAUUGUCUUCAAGUCAGCAGAUGCUAUUGAAGUGGCUCAUAAGACGUCUCACGUCGUGUUUGACAAGACCGGGACCUUGACUCGGGGAAAGCUUUCUGUCGUCACGAAGAACUGCGAAAACGAGAACAAUCUCCCGCUUCUUCUUGGACUCAUCAAAAACAGCCGGCAUCCAGUCUCGGUUUCUGUGGCUGCUCAUCUCAAGGAUGCUGGAGUUAUGGCGUCUACUGUUCCUGGGCCCAAGAGCCUUACUGGCAAAGGGGUUGAAGCCACCUUCUAUGGCCGGAAACUUCGAGCAGGCAAUUCUCGCUGGCUGAAUUUAUCGGAAAAUGAACUUGUUCAACCACUGCUUGCUCAAGGGUACACCGUCUUCUGCUUUACUAUCGACAAUGCGUUACAGGCGGUCUAUUGUCUUGAAGACGAGCCCCGACCUGACGCUGCGAGCACGAUUCAGACCUUGCAGAAGCGUGGUAUCUCGGUACACCUCGUUUCUGGUGAUGAUGAUGGAGCUGUCCAGUCCUUGGCGUGCAAGCUUAGCAUUUUUAACGGCAAUGUGCGUUCUCGAAGCUCGCCCGCCGAUAAGAAGGACUACAUCCAAACGCUCCUCAGUACUGGCAAUCAUAAGAAACCGGUUAUUGUUUUCUGUGGUGACGGCACGAAUGACGCCGUUGCUCUCGCACAGGCUACGAUCGGCGUCCACAUGAAUGAAGGCACGGAUGUCGCGCAAUCUGCCGCGGACGUCGUUCUUAUGCGGCCUUCUCUGGCUGGUAUCCUCACCAUGAUGGACGUCAGUCGGAAAUCUGUCAAUCGCAUCAAGUUCAACUUUACAUGGAGCUUUGUUUACAACACUUUUGCAGUUCUUCUUGCUGCGGGUGCUUUUGUUAAUGCGAGAAUUCCUCUGGAGUUUGCGGGACUGGGAGAGUUGGUGAGUGUGUUGCCAGUCAUUGCUGCUGCGCUGCUUCUGCGCUGGUCGAAGAUCUAG